CGCCGGAAGUCUUAAUCCUCUCUAAAAAUAACCCGCAAUUCACCCUGCUGCUGCGAUUUUCAAAAAAUAAAUAUUAUCAUUUAAUUAUUGAACAAGUGAAGUUUGCAUUAUCUUCAUUCAAGGAUAUUUUGGCAAUGUGGAAGAACUGGAAUCCGUUUAGGAGAAAACACAAGGAAGAAGAUAAUCUUUUAAAUGGUGAUUAUGGUAAAGAAAAUACAAGGGAUGAAAUGUCAACAAUUCCAACUAAUACUCAAACUACCGAAUCCGCAAUUCAUGUUUCUGAUAAUGAAAUAGACCAUCAUCAAUUAAGAAAUAGGUCUACCCACUUUCAACAAAAUGAAUUUGUUUCACAUCAAAUUAAUGGAGUUAAUGGUCGAACAUCCGUUUCAUUUAACUCGCAAGACGAAAAUAAAUUACACCACUCCAACAAUCGGCACCCACAGUCUCCUUUGCGACUAAGCCUUAAAAGUCAAACUGUGGCUAGGUUGCAUGAUAAUUUGAAUAGAUCAUUACCUAUAUCAGAUGAUAGGCUUUUAUUUAAUAAAAAUGUUAAUAGAUCAAUUAGAGAGGAGCACACAAAUAAUUCAAAUAUUGAUCAAAUGGUGAAGAUUAAAGAAGAUAACAGGAGUUUCAGUGGAGUUCAUGGACCAUUGCUGUCAUCCCCAAUUGUUCCUAAAGUCAGAAGAGCCCUUGAGUCAAGUGUACAACUAAGAAGGUAAAUUUAAUUAUGAACUUUAUUAUUGACAUGAGGCUAAAUAAAAGAAUAUAUAAUAUAAAAUUAUAAGGUGCUAAAAGUACUUUUUAUUUAGGUGCAUAGAUUAUUUCUAAACAAAUUUUGUAGUUAUUUUUUUUCAAGUCAUGGAAAAAUGAUGGAUCACCAGUAAUAGUGGAAAUCGAUGAGUUGAAGUAUUCUCAAAAUUUCGUAUUAAAUAGGAGAGGCGAGUUGUGCACAUGGCUAAUAGCGUAUAAAUGUAUGACGUUGUUCAUCAAGAGAAUUUUGGGCUAAUGAUCAUUCGAGAUGCCACGACUUAUUUUCCAGGGAGUGACUUCCCUUUGUUUAUUUUUACUAAAUUAUUUUAGGGAUCGAUUUAGGGUUCAGGUGAGGCAUAGGGAUUGAUUAGGGUUCAGGUUAGGCAGAGGGAUCAAUUUUCAUUAAGGGUUCAGGUUAGGCAUAGGGAUAGAUGACUUCACGUGACGUGUCAAUCAAGAUGGGGGUCACUGAUAAAAUAGUAGCAUUUUCAGUGACCAUUUUCUGAAUUUUGUUGAAACUGUGGAUAGAGAGGUGCUCAUGGAAAACAUGUGGAUUUGAAAUAUUAUCAAACUUUGCUUUCAAUUUGAAACUGUCUAUGAUUCUGUUCCAUUCAUAUCUUCACAAAUUUACACUCCUUAACAAGUUUCACAACCAACACAUGUUUGUCACCUUUUUUAAAGAUCAUCACAGUCACAGAGACCUAUCCAAUUUGAAAACCUAAUGACUAAUGACAUGACUGCUGUGACAUAACAUUAUAAUAUAAUAACUUGUUUUAUUUGCGUUAAAAAUAAAUUAAUAAUUUACGCUCCUAAAAUGCUCUUAAACCAUACACCGCUUAUAGUCAUAGUAGACCCAAGUUCAGUAUAAGUAUAGGGAUGGUGCAUACCAUAGCCAGGACAGAAAUGAACAUUAUCUGAACAUUUUUAUUUAAAAUAUACAAUUUUCCACCAACCUCAGCAGUUGUAAUUAAUGCUUUUCAUCAGAUAUCACAAGCAUUGUAACAGACAUUUAUAAUACAACUAGGCCUAGAUAUUAUUAAUUUAAAAAUCGCUUAAACUAGGCCUUUAACUUAACUAUACCAAAGUCAACAUAUCUCUACAUAAAUUAAAUUUGAAAUAUUUCAGAAAUCAGUAAGUUAGGCAGUUAGGAACGAUAUAGGUAUUCUAACUUUGCUGAAGACUUGUAAAUUAUGUCUGAAAAAACAAAAUUGUAACUGGUUGAGUUGAAAAAUAUAGCGCCAGUAGCAAUGCUAACAAUUAGGCUAAAAACUAAAAAUGUAAUUCUAAGUGCAGGAUAGUGUUAAAAGUUGUUAUGGCUAGCUUAAGAUUUUCAAAUAAAAGAAGGCCUAAUAAAUUUUGUUUAGUAAGUAUGAGAACAUCUCUUGUCCCAUAAAUGUUAUUUCUUCUUGAUAUUCUGAAUUUUUUAGUCCAAGAACAACCGGAUUGCAAAAUGGGAAGCCUGUUGGUCGAUCAAUGAGUUUGAAUUAUGGAUCACAGAAUCCAGCAAAAUCAACAGCUGGUCAGAUUCCAUGGGUUCGUUUAAAAAGAAGAGAGUCCAUAGGAUUGACAGAAUUGGCUAGUGGAAAUAUUCCACAAAGUCCCAAUACAGUGAAAUUGGCAGCACCAGAACAUAGACACCUACCUGCAGCACCUAGGUGAAUAAUGAUAAAACUGUCUGAUUUAUUGUUGAAAUAGUCUGUUGGAAGUAAAUUCAUUAAUUCAUAAAAAAUGUUAACAUUGGGUAAAGGUUGUCACAAUUUUUUUACAUAAGAGUAUUUCUUAAUCUUAAAACAUUAAGAUAUAUUUGAAAUAAUGUUUAUUAUUGUUGUAUAAAGAAAAAAUAAACGCUAAUAAAAAGAAACUAAAAAUUUUUUUGUAUGUGUGUUUUCAGUUUUAAAAGUACCCCAUUGAUUGUUACAACAGAGGCUAGCAGAAAUUGUGUAGUUGAUACCCAGACUGUUGUAUCUGCACUACGAGAGAAAAGGUAAUAAGUAAAAAAAAAAUUCAAUGAUCAAUUUUACUUUUAUUAUUAGUUUAUCUCACCCUCUAGCAAAAUGUAAAGUACAAUUCUAAUAGAAGUAUUCAUGUAAAUAUUUAGAAAUCAUGAACUUCUUAUUGACGACAUGUGUUUCCAGCAUAAAUUAAAUAACCAACAAACUAUUAAAAACUUGUUUCAGAAAAAGAUUUGGCACAACCCAACAAGAAGGUUCUGUAUGUGAAGACACAUGGAAUAGCUCUGCAAAGAGACGGUAAUUGCACCUUGUCUCGUUCUGAUAAAAAAAAUGAAAUUUAUGCUAAUAAUGUUACCCAUUCAUUUUAAUCUGUAUUAUAUAUAUAGAUACGGUACAAAUAGUUCCUGCAAAAAUGAUUGAGGUUAUUGGUCUUUCUCCUAAAAAUAUUGUUUUAUCCAUAACCAGCAUCCUAUAUAGGAACAAAAAUCUCUAAAAUUUAAUCUAAAUAUCUUGUUUAUUUAUCAGACGCCAAGACAGCAGCCAAUCAAAUGCAUCAUCAGUGUCAAUGCCACCUAUGCCAGAUUCAUUGCCUAAUUUAAUGGGGACCCCAGGCACUUCCUUACUCCAUAUUGAAAAUCUGGCAGACCAGAGGCCUUCAACUGUGCCCGCAAUCGAUGCGUUCAUUAGUCAUCAUCAUCGUGUGAUGGGCUUAGGUGGAGAAAGAAGCCCCCAACAGCCUCAGCAGUUUUACCAUAAACAGCACCAGAAAAACAAUGAAAGUAGCAGUAAAUCUGUGCUGAGGUCUAUCCAGUCAUCUCUGAGCUCAAGUUUGAGGGCAAAAACCAAUCUUUCCAUGGUAAUUUUAGACUUGUGUUAAGUUUUCAAACCAAUUGAUGGGGUUCAAUGUUUUAAAAUGCUCUAAAAGGUGUAAUGAAUAUACAAGUGCUUCAAAUCUUGGUGUUGAGGCUAGCAAUAUUAUUUUUCUACCUUAAUAUUGACAUUGCAAUUGCAAGCUGUAAUAAAUAAAUUGUGCCAAGAAAAGUAUUAUUUAGACAAUUACUUAUUUGGAGGUAAUAUGUCCGCUUAAAGAUGAUCAAACUGCACUUAAAACAUUAAGUUAUUUUUAUUGGAACCUGGCAAUAUCCUAAUUAUCUGUCAUCUGCUUGCAGAUAACCAAUAUAUCUUAACCAUAAUUAUGUAUAUUUAAUCACUUUACAUAAAUUAGCUUUUUGUUCAUUACAGCUGCAACAAACAGGGAUAGAUGUAAAACGGUUGCGAGCGUUAUCACAAUCAAAAGAAGCUAAUCGUAAGAUGUCCGUCGAUUCAGACAUGUCUGCGCUAGGCACUGAUGAAAGGUAAGGACUGAAGCAUCAAAUUCAUCCCAUGUUGUUCAUUCUAGUUAUUACUAUUUACUUUAGAGGGGGUGUUACAGAUAGUAUCUCUUUAAAAUGUUGAAGAGGCCCUGAUUUCUUUUUAUCUAACAAUUUGUUCUAAGAGAAAUACUUGACAAUUGAGAUUUGAACAAUUAACUGUGCGUAUCUUGUGACACAGGUUACUAUCUAUUUUUAAAUAUUUGAAAUUAACUUCACUUUUUUUCCUGGCUGGCAAAAUCUUCGGCAUGGCUUAAUUGGCCCAUUUCCCAUUCCCAUAUCAAGCUGAAACUUAGCCAGGGUAAUAAGGGGAGAGACUGCAAUCAGGUUAGCACAAUUUAGAAUGAAUAAAAUAGAGUAGGGUUAAACCUGAAAAAAGAAACGCAACAUAACAACGAACGUGUCGGCAGAAAGCCUUCGCCAGCGAACAAAACAACAGAAAAAAACGGUAUAAAAAUAAAAAAUAUCACUUAGCUUGGACAUAGUAUCCGUGGGCAGCAAAAGAAAUGUGCUAAGUUUUAAAGUUAUUAAAAUGAAAAAAAACUUUGUUUUUAGGGGUUUUUUAAUUCCAGAUGAACUAGUUUCAUUUUUAAUGUGAAAAACCAAUGCUGAUACAAAUAUUAUUUUUGUUACUGGUAGUUAGAUUUUGUAUGCCUAUAUUAGUUCCCAUGAUCUUAAAGGCUUGUGGUAUCUUUCAAGUUAAAUAUGAUUCUCAUCUCGUAACAGUCUGGCUGAGCCCAAUUCCAAGAUAACAAGAGAGGAUACUCUUCCAGUGGUGACCACAGGAUUAUCAUCGCUUUCAACCCCAGCAGCAGCCUCCGUAACGACAAUCGCAGAUAUUGUAAUUUUUUAAUCUUAUUUUCAUAAUUGAUUUAAAAUAUAAAACUUAAACUGAACUAAUCGAUUUGGUGCUCCCAGCAAACACUCCUUUUUAUUUUCAAGAAGAAAGCACCUGAAGUCUCACCAUCUUUGUUUCAUGCAUCUGUAAGAAAGUUAAUAACUGGACAGCUUAGGUUGUCAUGUCUCUAAUGUUAAUAUAAAAUUAUUAUUAUUUUUUUUUUUUUUUAGCUCUUGACAUCAACACCUGUCAUGACACCAGUUAGCAGAAAAAUUGCUGAGGGUGUGGUAUUAAGAAAACACAGUCUCUCCACCAAUCCCAGCCCCAGUCCUGUCAGGCCACUAAAGGUGAAAAAACAUGCUAUCUAAUCUAAUAAAACCUAGUCUUAAGUCAUUUCUGUGCAUAUUGCUCUUGAUAUACGGAAAUGUUUUUUAUUUUUAUUACAUUGUGCAUAUUCAGUGCACAGAUAAAUAUUUUAAAACUAGAAUAAUUCCAACACAGGACAUGUAAAAGUAUUUCUCAAGCGCAAAAACCUGCCAUUUUUAGCCAUGGAACUUCUCUAUCUUGGUAACAAUAUUGAGUUUAAGAGUGAUCAUUUAAAUUUAUAAUAGCUAGGGAAAGACACUGGUAUAUUCUAAUAGUUUGCGGGGAAAAAAUUAAUGAAUUUUUAUAUCUUUUAGCCAGCCCAAACUUAGAGAGAAAGAAUUCAAGCUGUUGUUAGGUAUCUGUGAUGAAGAGGGUGGGAUAUAUCCUCCAAAAUUGGUUUAGAUUUACAAAUGCAUAUUGCUUCAAAUUGUUCUUCAAGCCAAUGUAGUUUUGUUUGAGUGCUAUUAAUUGCAUUGAGAGGUCGAUGUUAUGUUUCAAACAACCUUAAAAAUAUAUACUCUCUAAUUGUUUCAUGUGACACUUGGUUGGGUGUAGAAUUUAUUGACAUGAAAAUUUCAAAUCUCAUCAAGGCCUAAACAUUGACUAACCCAGGACUGUCCACUUUUAAAAGUAAAGGGUUGCAAUGCCAAUUUUGGAGGACCCUGCAAUCAGUAAUUUAAAAUAAUAAUAUUACUCUGCAAUAAACUAUCUUUCAUCAGACCUCUUGAACUUUUUUAUUUAUAUGUUACAUGAGACAUCUUCUAAAGAAUUUUUAUGGAAGUCCUUUAUUUUUAAAGAUAGCUCUGAGAUAGUUGGCUAUAAAUAAUGAACCAAAGUCUCGGAGAUUAAUAAGAAAUCUGCCUGAUUUCAGUCUUUGUUGACUAUGUGAGAUAAAAUUAUUAUGGCUUUUAGAUUGAUUUAUGUCUUGAUUGUUACUCAUUGUUCUUUCCAGGUUUCCUCCCAGGCUUUCUAUACAAAAAAUAUACUAGCCACAUUCCGUUGACUUGUUUGUAAAACCAUAUUAACCUUCCAAUCCUCCAACUUAGGCUGUUCACACAAAUAUGCUUGCCACCUUCCGUUGACUUGUUUUUUUAACCCAUAUUACCUUCCAAUUCUCCAACUUAGGCUGUUCACACAAAUAUACUAGCCACCUCUAGUGAUUUUGAAAGAGAUAGACAGAGAGAAUACAAACGAAGAGUUGUCGACUUGUUAAAUGGGGAUGAGAAUAGUGAAGGCGCAGGUAAGAUUUGAAAAUCUAUUUUGUUAUAAGAUUAAAAGCGGAAAAGCGUUCCCUUAAAUAAAUGUUUCUAAUUUCCCUGUCUGUAUUAUGAGAAUAACCACACAAAUAUUGAUUUAUGCUCCUUUUUAAGUUGUUUACUUGAUAUGGGGUUUCAUAAAUUAAAUGCCCUUACAAUUGAUAAUCCAUUAACUUGUAGAUAGAUAGCUGUUUAGUGUAUUAAUAAAUUAAGUUUUUAAUAUACUUUUCUAGUAACAAAAACCUCAUCUGAAUUCACAAUGAUAUCUGCCUCACCAUCGAGCACGCUCGUUGCUUCGUCAAGCCAGAGCAUGUUACCAGUGGCAACGUCAGCAGCGGUUAGUGCCAGUUUAGACAGCCUCAAACUUAUACAGUCAGCAGCAGCGCCAUCAAUGUCUACAACUGCUGUCUCAGCAUCUAAUGCUGUCAAUUCCUUGUCACAGCUUCUGAAACAAGAUGAAGGUAAACAUUGAAAUGGGGGAACAUGCCUGAAAUCUUGAAGAUAAAAUUUAUUUGAGCACUGUUUAAACAAAUCAUAAUACACACCUUCUCAUUCCUGAAAUCUAUACAAAUAGAGAAUGUAGACAAAAGACAAGCUGGGCGCUGUGAAUUUAAAAAAAAUUUUUUAAAAAUAAAUUUUGAGCUAUUGGUAUAUUUCUAUACCUUGCGCAAUGUUAACAAAAAAAAAUUUCUUUUCGUGAAACUUCAUUUGCCACCUUAUGAAGAACCAUACUAGUAGUGUUUACAGAUUAUAGAUGGUAUUGAGAACAAAUUCUUCAAAUCUGGAUGAAACACCAGAGAAAUGUAGUUUUCUGAACAAGACAAUAAUCACAUCAUGUCUUAACUGUUCUUAUAAUAAUUAUUAUUUGUUGGGGAAAGGGGGGGGGGGUGUUAUUAAAAUAGGAUGGAAUUUUUUAAAAUAAAAGGGUAUUUCUGAACAAGACAAUAAUCACAUCAUGUCUUAACUGUUCUUAUAAUAAUUAUUAUUUGUUGGGGAAAGGGGGGGGGGGGGUGUUAUUAAAAUAGGAUGGAAUUUUUUAAAAUAAAAAGGUAUUGUUCAGAUUUCCUCAUAAUCAAUUAAAGUCAUUAAAAUUUAAAUAUUUUGAGUUUAAACCUCUGCUAGUUGGCAUUAAAAAGACAUUUUAACCUUAAAGACUAAUUAUAUUACAUGUGGUCUACUGGUUCUGAAUUAACAGGACAUUUAUAUUUGUGGCUUGUGUGGAAAAAAUGAACUGUUUAAAUCUUUGAAACACAAAUGAACUAAAGAUGUGUGUAAAUGUCUCUCUUUCAGGUGUUGCUACCAGUGCAGCAGCUGUAACCAGCACAACCACGGGUGUAUCACUCCCAGGUAUUAACCUAUGAAUACAAAUAAUAUAUUUAUUUUGUUUGGCUUAAUUAUAUUUUUAUAUUCUAGCUUUCUGGAGAUUUGCAACCCAAUAUGUAGAGAUAUUUAAUUUUCACACAGUAUCGUGGUUUAAACCAUUUAUCAAUCUUUUGCUCCACAUAAAGUUAAAACAUUUUGUCUGGACUAAAUAAAAUGUAGCAUAAAUGACCUUUUCUCCAGCGCAACUUUUGUUGGGCAACUCUUCUGCUCCUUCUACCACUUCAUCUUCGACAAGUACAGCAUCCGGUGGAUUCAACUUUAGUGCAGGCGUACCGGCAGCAGCUGAAUCAAGUGGAUUUCAAAUAAAUUUUGGCAAUGUUGCUUCCAGUUCUGGAUCAACACCUUCAACUGAUACAACUGGGGUGAAGGACAAAAGUGGCUUCAGCUUAGAUUUGGCCAGCAGGACCACUUCAUCCUCUGCGGGGUCCAAUCCAAGUAUAUCUUCGGCUCACUCCUCAGGGGACGGCUUUGGGAGUGUAACUGCUCCAUCAGCUGCUACAACAAGAUCUAUUUUCGCACCCACCACUUCACUAAGCUCAGGGCCGAUGCCUGGGCUUAACCCAAAUCCAAGCACUCAGGCCAACCAAGGGUUCAACUUUACGAGUUCUUUGCCAAUCUCAAAAACUGAGUCAGCAUCCAGCACACCCUCCUUCAACAUAAGUAAGGAUGAAGCAGGUGUCAACAAAUCUUCUGGGUUUACUUUUGGAUCCGGGGCUGUUCAGUCGACAUCCUCUGCAACAUCACUCACUUCUGCAGGACUUCAGUCAGGGUUCAGUUUGUCUGGUGGAUUUUCUUUUGGGGGUGUAAACAAAACAACCCAAGCAGGCAAUGGCGGUUUCACUCUUGGGUCUGGUGAAACUCCCAGUUUUACCGUUAGCACUGCAUCAUUCCCAGGUCAACCGACACAGUCCAGUGGAGUAGUAAUAAAUAGAUUGACAGCUUUAGAUACAACAGCCGCACCAAGUGGACCUACUGCCCAGCCAUCACUUUCAUUUGCUGCCACAACACUCCCUGCAGCUUCCACUGCAGCAAGCCUGACAAUGUUCAACACUGGUGUCGGAUCAUUUGGUACUGGUCAACAGCCUUCCACCGGCAACGCUCCAUCGUUUUCAAUUUUAAAUUCCGGUUCAACAACCGACGCAACUCCUAAUAAAUUUGUAUCAACAACCACGGUUCCAUCUACAGGAACAUUCAACUUUGGACAAGCGUCAUCACAGGCUCCCAGCUCGACUACUUUCAGCUUUGGACAGACAACAGCCGCCGCAAACUCCACACCAUUUAAUUACGGACAAACAAGCACGGCUGCAAGCUCUGCACCAUUUAGCUUUGGACAGCCAAGCACCAACUCCGGACAAACUGCAUCAACAGCAGCGCCAUUUACAUUUGGACAAAGUGCAACAGCCAGUUCAAUGCCUUCUGGAUUCAGUCAAACGAGCACAGCUUCAUCUGCUAAUCCGACCCCAUUCAACUUUGGGCAAACUGCCGCUAGUACAAAUUCAACAUUUACUUUUGGAGCUCCUAAAACACAAGCUAUUGCUGGCAGUAUAUUUGGAUCAUCCUCGAAUGCUGGUGCAGUAACCACCAGUGCUAUGUUUGGCAGUACAACAACCGUCACCAUGGCGAGCUCUUCUAUAUUUGGCACAGGGGCUGCCCCAGUGUUCAAAACAUCAUCUACAUUUGGAAAUACUGCUACGGGAUUUGGCAGUAACAGUGCUCCGAGUUUCAACAGUCAAGGAGCAACAUCAGCUUUUGGCUUCUCAACACCCACGACAGCACCACCAGCGUUUGGUUCAGCCUCCAGCAAUCUUAACGGAUCAGGUUUUGGGGGCUCCGCUUCGCAAACCAACAAACCAUUUACUUUUGGUGCUAAUGUAGCACCAACAAACACAACCCAAUCAUCUAUAUUUGGAACUAAUAGCACCCAACCACCUCCAUUCAGUUCUAGUACCACUCAACCUUCCCCCUUUGGUACCACAACCAACAACCAGCCACCCUCGUUUGGUACCACCACCAACCAGCCACCUCCAUUUGGUUCAAUCACUACACAACCACCCCCAUUUGGAACAAGCACCAACCAGCCACCCCCAUUUGGUACAAACGCCAACCAACCACCCCCAUUUGGUACAAGCACCACCCAACCACCCCCAUUUGGUACAAGCACCACCCAACAACCCCCAUUUGGUUCCAGUACCACCCAACCACCCCCAUUUGGUACAAGCACUAACCAACCCUCUCCAUUUGGUACAAGCACCACCCAACCACCUCCGUUUGGUUCAGCCUCCAAUCAGCUGUCUGCAUUUGGAUCUAAUACUGUCUUUGGUGCACCAACCAUUCAAACCCCAUCCAUGUUUGGUUCUAAGUCCUCGUCUGUCUUUGGCGCAACCUCUGGCCCUGUAUUUGGAGCAUCUACCAAUGUCGCAACUACCACUGCUGCACCAACAUUUGGUUCGUUCACUGCUUCAGGUUUCGGAACCCCUUCAGUAUCCCAGCAGAAUCCUGCAUUUGGAGCCACUUCGCAGUCUUUCAAUCCAUCCGCAGUGGCCACAUUUGGCACACCUCAAAAAUCUCUAUUUGGAUCCACAAGCGCAUCGAGUUUCGGUACUCAGGUCAGCCAGAGUACAGCAAAUCCAACUCCCUUUGGUGGAGCAACUGCAUCUACAGCGGGAAGUGGUGGUUUUGGAGCUACUAACACUUCAUUAUUUGGAGCUGCGACAACGCAGUCUGCAUUCAACUUUUCUGGAGCGCAGACACAGCAGUCAAAUGCUUUUGGAUCACAACCAACAAACUCUAGUAAGAACUUUUUUUAUUUUGAAAUUAUUUGCAUCAUUUGUCUGUUUAAGAAAAAAGCUCAUGUCUACCAUUUAGUUUUUUGGUCAAGCAGUUGUGUCUAAGCAAAAUAAACAAAAUUUUGGUAAGAAUUAUAUUUUGAAAUUGCAGUAGAAAAGUGCAUUUGAUACCCUUAAAGUAAACAUUUACUUGACUUUGUAGUGUUCAUGAUGAAACUGAGGGUUACAUUAGUUAUAAAGAAGUUCAGGUCAUUACAAGAACUUCUAAGUAAUUUUGAUUUUCAGCAUAAAAGUUGAAAUCAUUGAAGAAGAGUUACAACAUAACAAAGUAGUGGUGGCAUAAUAUUCCUUGUUACACCAAAACUUAUAUAUGUGGUCAACAACAUCAUGGGAAGAAGUAUAGUUAACCGUUUUUAAUAUUUUAAAUAUAUUUUUAUUGAAAAUCUAUUCAAAUUUUUAAAGUAAAUUUCAAAGAAGGAAGUUAGCAUUGCGUAGGAUAGCAUAAGAAUUUUUUUCAGGAUUUAUGAUUGUAACAAUUGUCUGUGGUCCAUUAUUAUUGACAUAAAUGUAAAAAUCUACAAUUGUUAGCUUUGUAAAAGCAAUGAUUAAUUUUGUUACACAGCAUCAAGUGGGUUUAACUUCAACCAGCCAACAACCCAGCCAGCUUCAGGUGGUGUAUUUAAUUUCUCAGCACAAACUUCUGCUAGACCUUCCUUCGCGGCACCUUCCCCAGGGGGAUUUAACUUUGCUGCAACAACACCAAACCCAGGAGCAUUCAAUUUCAGUACGUUUCACUACUUUUACAUUCUACAUUCUGAAAACCUUUCAUGGGCUCAUCUGGAUAUCUUGCCUUGUUCAGAAAACUGUAUACAUAUUUUAUUUAUUUGUUUAUGAAGCUUGACUUGUUGGAGGUCAAAGCUCAUUAUCAAGCCAUAUUCACUUCAAUAUUUUUUUUUAAUCAGUUGGUCCAAGGGUGUGUACAAUUAUGUCAAGUUCAAACAAUGCCAUUGAUGAAUUCAGCCAUCGGUGCUCCAAGUAUUUCUUAUUUUAUUUUGAAACAUUUUACAUUAUUUGCAAAUUUUUGAAAGAAGUUUAUUGGACUUGAUGGAUAAGCUUUGCAGAGUAGUUCAAGACAUACAGUGGCAACAGAUUAUCAAUAUAUUUGUAAAUUAUCACCAUAUAUAAUUCACAGUACAAUUAUUACACAAUUGUACCGAUCACCAAAGAAAACCAUUGCUUGGACAUUUAUGUUUGUAUCACAAGCAUCUCUCUGUCAGUAGUGUCAGUGGUCAAGUAUAAUUGUGAAUUGACUGUUAGAUGAUUAGGUCUAGAAAUGAAUACCUGUAGCCAAAUUGUAAUGUAUCUUAAUUUUGUGCUUGUCAGUAGUGUCAGUGGUCAAGUAUAAUUGUGAAUUGACUGUUAGAUGAUUAGGUCUAGAAAUGAAUACCUGUAGCCAAAUUGUAAUGUAUCUUAAUGUUGUGCUAGUCAGUACAACAGAAAGCUAAGAAAUAUUUGCAAAUGUGAAAAUCCUGCAUAUAGGUCAAGCAUAACAAUGCAUCAUCUUUGCUUUUUCUCAACUUUCCUAAUUUUUUUUAUUUUAUACAUUUUUCAAAUGACUCUCCAUCAUUUUUUAUGAGGGUUACAUCUUGUUGUUGGAUUAUUAUUUGACUCCACCAAGAGAAUUAUUCUAUAUUUUUUAAAAUUUUAAAUUUAGAGGUAAUGUAGUGGAAUGAAUGUAAAAACCAAUGACACAAUGGAACAUUGGAACUGGUUAUUUGAUUCUAUGCUUUUUUGAGAAUGUGCAUCACAUAAAAAAAUUCAAAUUUAAAAGUGCUGAGAUAUGACCAGGAUCUGCAGUUUUACCAUUUUUCAAUCCUGAGACUAGUCUUAACUUUGCUUUAUGAUUGUUACUAUUUUUAUUUCACUUACAAAAUAAUGUGUGUACCCAAAGUCUUUAUAUAUAGAGAUAUAUAGAUAGAUAUUCAAGAUAGAUAUAUAUGAUUCAAAGUCUCUUGUAGAUCAUUUAGGCUUACAAUGAUUAAAAAAAAAUUUUUCAACUGCUGUAGAAACAAAUUACUAUUGGUUAGCUUGGUUAAAGCUAACUUUAAUGAAGUUAAAAUCUGGCAAUGACUUAAUUUGUUUUUGUUUUGUUUAAGGUGCUGCUCCAACUACACAAAAUAUGUUCACACCUCAAACUCCUGGCUCAGCUCCUCGGCCAAGAGCAGCAAUGAGGCGACCAGGACGAGCAAGUCGUGGACCAAAACGGUGAUAACUAUCUAAUGCAGCUUGUUUAAAUAUUAAAGCCAUUAUCAUUAGCUGGAGUCAAAAUUAAAGGUGUCUCUGGAAUUCUUAGAAGUAAAGCCCUUCAAAACCUUUUUAAAUGUUUAUCAUCAGAAAAAAGUUACCCACUUUGGGGUACAUUAUUAAAGUUGUGGGUUAUUAUGGAGGACUUUCAGUCGAUAUCAAUGAAAAUUUUUUGUAUUUAAGUAUUUACAAAUCUUUAUUAAUUUUAAUAUUUUGUAAGAUUUAUUUUGCUUGAGGGCAUUCUGAAUAUCUAACCAACUAAUAUUGAUAAAGAAAUGUAGUUAGAGGACAACCAUCCAUAUUUAUAAUGGUCAAUGGAUAGGUCCUUAAAUAGUAAAUAAAACGCUAACAUCCCAUGUACUUGACGAAGACAAGGGGCGCCAGACUAAUCUUUUUAAUGCUCAGCCUCAUGCGGCAUUGUCAUUGUGAGGCGGCUGUUUCGCACUGGGCACCACUUUUGCUUGUCAUGGCCCUGUCCCGAGCAGUCACUGCUCCCUCAGAGGGUCACCACAAAAUAUUACACAAUUUUCAUAAUUUUAAUUCCACUUUUAAUCCCAUGUGACAUUUAGUGUGCCCGAUGCAAACCAGUAAUUCACUUGAGAGUUUACUAUUUGCAGUUACUAGAUGGGGCUCAGUGACCUAUAUACAUGUUUUGUUUACCUUUUCCUAACCCUUUAAUUUAAAAAAAAUGUACUUGCUAUUUAUAAUGUAUUAGAAUUUUACUUGACACAGUGAAAAUCUCAGUUUGACAAAAGCACUGAGAAUCAAAAAAUUUCAGAAACCCGCUGGCAUAGCUGAACCAAAUACAUCAUACGCACAUGAAACAUGCAAAGAGGCCAUCCAUAAAUGACGUCACACUGUUUUGGUUGCUUUUAAUUCGCCCUUUGCGCCAUGCCCCCC